UGAUUUCAGUCUUAUUGUAGCGCGGAAAAGUAGAGGCUUGUGAGCUUUUCAGUGAUAACGAAACUGUUGAUAAGUUCAGGAAGUAAAACCGAUUGAUCAUACACAAACAUGACUACCAGAGACACACUUUUCUCCAUGGUCUCGGAACCAGCCGCUGAAACUGGCAAUAGAGUAACGAUUGUAGGAGUUGGACAAGUGGGAAUGGCUUGUGCCUUCAGUAUUCUUUCACAGGGAAUUUCUAACGAUAUUGUUCUGGUCGAUGUUAUGGAAGACAAAGUCAAAGGCGAAAUGAUGGAUCUUCAACAUGGAUCUCUUUUCCUGAAGAACCCAAAAAUCAAUGGAAGUAAAGAUUAUUCGGUGACAGCUGGUUCCAAACUGUGUAUCAUUACUGCCGGUGUUCGACAAAGAGAAGGUGAAACCCGACUUGAUCUGGUACAACGUAACACAGACGUUCUCAAAUUCAUCGUUCCAAAUCUUAUCAAAUAUUCCCCCGACACAAUUCUUCUGGUAGUGAGUAAUCCAGUAGACAUUUUAACAUACGUAGCGUGGAAGUUGAGCGGUCUCCCCAAAAACAGAGUUAUUGGUUCUGGAACUAACUUGGAUACCUCGAGGUUCAGGUUUUUGAUAUCUCAGAAGUUGGGAAUAUCUCCAACUAGUGUCCACGGGUGGAUCAUUGGAGAGCAUGGUGAUACUAGUGUGGCUGUAUGGUCUGGAGUGAACGUAGCAGGGGUAAGAUUACGUGAAAUCAACCCCUCAAUCGGCACCGAUGAGGAUCCCGAAAAUUGGAAACAAGUCCACAAGGAUGUUAUAAAUUCAGCAUAUGAUGUCAUCAAAUUAAAAGGAUACACCUCGUGGGCCGUAGGAUUAAGUGUAGCAUCAUUAGCCAGUAGUAUUCUCAAGAACAUGAACAAUGUCCAUGCUGUAUCAACGUAUGUUAAGGGCCACCACGAAAUCGAAAAUGAAGUAUUUUUGUCAGUACCAGCUGUUCUAGGAGCUAAUGGAAUAUCGGAGACUGUUCAACAAAAUCUCACAGAUGAAGAGAGAAGUCACCUUCAAGAUUCUGCCAGACUUAUGGGAACUGUUCAAGAUGAAUUGAUCUUUUGAAGAAAUUUGGACUUUUUUGGACUUAAUUUCUUAGUUUCAAUUUGUUAUAGUAAUUUAUAUUUUUUAUUUCUUAAUAAGGUGGGCACUGAUUUGCUGAAAUUGAAUGGAGCAUUUAUACAAACCUCAUUUCAAAUACCAGUGCUUUAUGUAGGUACCUGAAGAUCUUCAGAUCUACAAAUAGAAGUUUGAUGAAUGAAUAUUCAACAUCGUUUUCAAAGUUUCGUUCCUUGCUGUACGAUUUUUUGGAAAUGAAGUAAUUGGUGAAAGUAUGACCUGCCCAUAGUUUCUAAAAAAACAUCUGAUUCAGUACUAUACCCUUCUUAGUUGGUUAUAUCUGCAUGUGUCAUAUAAUUUAUUUAAGUUUUUGAUAUAUUUUGAUGUAAUAGUGAAUCUCUCAGGUUGAAAUAUUUUUACCAAAAGUGUCUUCAGUACAAAUUAUUCAGUUGCUUUAAGAAAUGAGGAAGGUUAUUCUCUAAUAAGAUAACAAAUUGGAUCAGAAUGAGAAUAAACGUUCAAUUGCUACCUGAAAAAAAAACUUUAAUGUUCUUCAAGAAUAUUGUGAUCAUCUUUCAAGAGUUCAGGAAUAUUCCUCUGUACCAAACUUUUCUAAAAAAUAUAUUCUAUUCAAAUUUA